UACAGACACUCCCCCAAGCACCGAGAGAAAAGAUAGAUUCAUACAACCAUAUUACCAAAAAAAAAAAAAAAAGAUUGUGGGGUGAGGUCGAGAGAGAAGAUUCUCCUUCUAAAUUCUAGUUUUCUUCUCCCUGCAGUUAGAGAGAGAAAGAGAGAGAGAGAGAGAGAAUGGAGAGAGAAGCAAAGUUCAAGAGAAUCUGCGUGUUCUGUGGAAGUAGUCCUGGGAAAAAAACCAGUUACAGAGAUGCUGCUGUUGAACUUGGAACUGAACUGGUUUCAAGAAAUAUCGAUCUUGUUUACGGUGGAGGGAGCAUAGGCUUAAUGGGCUUGAUUUCUCAAGCUGUCUUCAACGGAGGCCGUCAUGUCAUCGGGGUUAUCCCCAAGACACUCAUGCCAAGAGAGAUAACAGGAGAGACAGUGGGAGAAGUGAAGGCAGUAGCAGAUAUGCACGAAAGAAAGGCUGAGAUGGCUAAGCACUCUGAUGCCUUUAUUGCUUUACCUGGUGGCUAUGGGACACUUGAAGAGCUCCUUGAAGUGAUAACUUGGGCACAGCUUGGCAUCCAUGAUAAACCGGUUGGGCUGUUGAAUGUGGAUGGCUACUACAACUCCUUGUUGUCUUUCAUAGACAAAGCAGUAGAGGAAGGCUUCAUUAGCCCAAGUGCUCGCCAUAUCAUUGUGUCUGCCCCUAAUGCCAAAGACCUUGUCAAGAAAAUGGAGGAAUAUGUUCCAAGGCAUGAGGGCGUGGCUUCAAAGCUAAGCUGGGAAAUGGAGCAAAUAGGGUUUAACCCCAAAUGUGAAGUUUCAAGAUGAACAAACUAAUUGCUUUAGGUCACAAAAAGAAAAAAAAAAGGGUUUUAAGAAAUUGGGUUCCUUUUAAUUUAAUCAUUCACUCUCUGAUGUAAACUGCCACUGUCUUAGAAGAAAAAGAAAAUGACUUUUUUUUUUCCUUUUAGUUAAGCCUAAAAAUGUGAUUUUUAGGUCUGUUUUAUAAUUGUAUUGUUGAUGAAUUAAAUUAAAUCGGCUUCUUUUUUUUAAA